AUGGCUGCAGCUCCCCCAAGUUACUGUUUUGUAGCCUUUCCCCCAUGUUCUAAAGAUGGGCUGGUGGUGUUUGGAAAGAACUCUGCACGGCCUAGGGAUGAAGUACAGGAGGUGGUCUACUUUGCUGCUGCAGCUCAUGAUCCAGGAAGCAAAGUUGAGUGCACGUAUAUUGAAAUUGAGCAGGUGCCGAAGACUCAUGCUGUUGUGCUGAGCAGGCCCUCCUGGCUUUGGGGGGCAGAAAUGGGAGCUAAUGAGCAUGGAGUCUGUGUAGCUAAUGAAGCCGUCGUGACCAGAGAACCAGCUUCUGAAUCUGAAGCCUUGCUUGGAAUGGAUCUUGUCAGACUCGGCCUAGAAAGAGGUGCAACAGCUAAAGAGGCAUUGGAUGUAAUAGUUGCUCUGUUGGAAGAGCAUGGACAAGGUGGAAAUUAUUAUGAAGAUGGGAGUUCAUGCCAUACUUUCCAAAGUGCAUUUUUGAUUGUAGACAGAAAUGAAGCCUGGAUACUGGAGACUUCUGGAAAGUACUGGGCAGCAGAAAAAAUCACAGAGGGGGUGAAAUGCAUUUGCAAUCAGCUUUCAUUAACUACAAAAAUUGAUGCUGAGCAUCCUGAACUAAGGAAUUACGUGAGAAGUCAAGGCUGGUGGAAUGGAGACUCAGACUUCAAUUUUUCUGAAGUGUUCUCUCUUGCUGAUGACCAUUUAGCCUGCUGUUCUGGCAAGGAGAGCCUAGAAAAGCAAGGUGGUGACGUUUCUGCACAAGCUAUGAUUGAUGUCCUGCGUGACAAGGAUAGUGGUGUCUGCGUGGACUCUGAAUCUUUCCUUACUACAUCUAGCAUAGUGUCUGUUCUGCCUCAGGACCCUAGUUUUCCCUGUAUUCAUUACUUCACUGGCACGCCAGACCCUUCAAGGUCCAUAUUUAAACCCUUUAUUUUUGUUGAUGAUGUAAAAUUAGUACCAAAAGUACAGUCUCCUUCUUUCGGCAAUGAUGAUCCUGCUAAAAAGAUACCUCGAUUCCAGGAGAAACCUGACCGCAGGCAUGAAUUGUACAAGGCACAUGAAUGGGCCCGAUCUCUCCUUGAGAAUGAUCAGGAUAAAGGCCAGAAACUGAUGAGGAUUAUGUUAGACCUUGAAAAACAAGGCCUGGAAGCAAUGGAAGAUAUCCUUACUCGUACAGAGGUUCUGGAUCCAGUAGUGGAUCUUUUCUAUGACUGUGUUGACACAGAGCUAAAGUUCUUCAAAUAA